AUGGAUGAAUUCCAAAAUCAUAUUAAGUAUUGUUUGGAUACAUGUAAAAAGGAUCCCUCAUAUGCUCCAUACUUUGCUCUUAUUCAAAGUUCAGGAUAUGGCAAAUCUCGUUUGAUUGCUGAAUUAGCUCAAAACAUCUAUGUUGUUUACAUCUGUUUACGACCAGAAAAGGUCAAUGGAUAUCCUCUUCGUACCAGCAUUGUAAGAAAUAUGAUGAACCAUUUGCAAAAUUGGGAAAAACCAGAAAGUGCUAUUGAUUGGUUUCAAAUGUUUUUAAAAAAAACAAUUGCAGUGCUUAUUGAGAAGCUUCAAAAUAGAGAGCUUUCAUGUCCAAGUGAUUUUUGGAACAUGCAAAUGAGUCUAGAUGCUGAAAAAAACUUUUGGGAUCAAGUAAUUCAGAAGAUGGAUCAUGAUUUCCAAUUUACACCUAAUGACAUACCUUCUCAACCUCAAGAAAAUAGCAGUUUGCAUCUUUUUCUCUGUUUUGAUGAAGCACAUCAAUUGCUCUCUGACAAAGAUGACAAUGUAUUAUCACCUUUUAGAAUAAUUCAUCAUUCUAUAAAAGAUAUUGGAUGGGUCAAACAUGGGUUCCUUUGUGCCAUGCUUGAUACAAUGGGGCAGUUAGCCAACUUUUCACCUCCAACAAAACAAGAUCCUUCCCACAGAAUUAGAGAUGAAAAUAUUAAGUUACUUCCACCAUUUAUCAAUGUUAUGACAUUUGAUGCACUUGAUUACAAACUGAAAGAUCAUCCAAAUCAUUGCUUGCUCUUUGGCAGACCAUUAUGGGGAUCCAGUAUUAUUGCAGGGAAAGACAUUAAGGAAGUAGUGGAAUUUGCAAAAUGCAAACUCUUGGGGGGAUACCAAUUAUCAGACUUGAUAAAACCAAUAGAAUAUAUAUUUAAUGAUGAAGAAAAUAGAUUUGCUGUUUCUUUGGCUAUAUUAAGCUGUCUUGUCUCUCUGAAUAUUUCAACUCAAUCUCAGCUUACCCAUUUAUUGGUGGGCAGUUAUAUGGGUACUUGUAUUGGUGUUUCAAAAAGUAGAGAAAAUAUUUUAACCAUAUAUCCUUCUGAACCUAUUCUUUCUGAAGUUGCUUUGCAAAUUAUUGAAAUUGAAACAAAUAGAAGAUUCAUUCUUGACCGACUUGAAACUUCAUUAAAGAAUGGGCUUGUUGAAGCAGGACAUCAUGGGGAACUUGUUGCAUGCCUCAUUCUUAUAUUUGGAUGGCAACAUAUGUUACAAGGUACAUCUUUUUAUACAGAAGAGAGAUCUGUAGAGGAAUUUUUGAACACAAUUUUUGGAGACAUUAAAAUCCACAUUAAAGAAAAUAAUAAAUUCAGACAUCUGAAACUUGAAAAGAGUUUUCUAGAAUCAAAAAUUUGUUUUACACAUUUCAUUCAGCUCAUUGAACCACCAAAUUGUCUAGUCCUAAAAAAUCUUUUUGACCAUAGUGCAGGAGCAAUUUUAAAAUGUAAUGCAUAUGGUGCUAAUCUUAUGAUACCUGUCAAAAUAAAUAAUUCAUCACAAGAAAAGUACUCAUAUAUUUUAAUACAAGUGAAAAAUUACUCAAUUUCUGGACAAGCAUUCACAUAUAAUGCUACUAAGAAGUUAUCACCAUCUAAUGUCUUUGAAGGGAGUGAAUUAGCUAAUCUUGGAUUACCUUAUUUAUGUUUUUAUUGGUUGCUAGGUGCAACUACUGAUAAUUUAAACAAAGAAUUUAUGACAUGGGAAGGUUUUGAGCAACACCUUGGAAUUUUUUCAUUGGAGCCAUUUUCCUUUCUUUCUCUAGAUCUUAAAAAUAAAUUGUAUGCUAUAUUAUCUGCAUACAUUAAUCCAUUUGACAGUUUAUGGAAGCAAGAAUCAACAAUCAACCUUGAACAACAUAAAAAAAAUGUUAGGUCAUUCUUCCCAGAUCUAAAAAAAAUGAAAUAA